AGAAAGUUAAAAAAAGAUCCUUGAUAACUAAAAACACUCUAAAGGCACAAUGCAGCACAGGAUAUUAACAGCAGUUCUAAAAAGCUUUUCCCCGAGGAUCAUCCUGGAGUCAGUGACCACAGCCUCGGAUAUUAAAUCCCUCUCUGUUGUAAACACAUCCAUUGUUCCACUGCUGCUAUUGGGCUCUGUGGCAAUGAAGGACCAAGACCAAAUGUCUACACCGUUGCCAGAUGCUGCAGGUCUUUCCAAGAUUUUGAAGUUACUGCACUGCUUCUUGAAGCGGGCUCAGAUGCUGCUGCUCUGUCUGGGUAUUGCCUAUCUUAUGGCAGGCAGCAUCCUGCUCCUGCAGCGCUCCAGCAUCAGAGUAGCCCAGCCAAACCUUGCAGGCCUGCCGCCCCUGCUGUCCCUCGCAGCACCUCCUACCGUCCUCAGGGCUGCAGGCCUGGGCGUGAGGGCACGCUCCAGAUGGGCCACCGUUCAGUCUGUGUCCGGAGGGGGAGCCAAGGCAGGGCGACACUGGCCUGCUUCACGAAGCCUGGGGGUCCAACACUUGCAUCACCGCUGGUUUCACAGUCUACUGCCAGAGAGUCCAGAGCAGAGAGUUUCUCCCCACAGGAGCAGCAGACUCAAAGGAACCUACAUCGGUUGCUUCCUGCACAAUGCCAGUGAUCGAGCCCUGGGAGGAACCAUGCUUUAUGACCUGCGCAAAAUGACCAGUUCUCUGUGUCAAGACACCUGCUCAGAAAGUGGGUACCAGUUUGCAGGCCUGGAGUAUGGAGCUGAAUGCCACUGCGGGAACCGGAUCAGUAGCCCGCGGGCUCCUGAGGAGGAUUGUAGUCUGGUGUGUCGGGGUGAGAGGGGGUCCCCCUGUGGCGGUGUGGGCCGUCUCUCCAUUUACAAGGUGGAGGAGCAGCUGCCAGGUCACAGAAAAUUCAGAAAUGUUCAUUACCGCGGUUGCUUCAAGUUGCCGAAGAACAUCAUCGGCACCUUCCCCGUGGACUCUUUACAGCCCAACCUCACUACACAGUCCUGCAUCGAGACCUGCACAGACAAGGAGCUCCUGCUGGCUGUGUUCAAGAAGCCGCACUGUUUCUGUACGUGGACGUCCUCUCUCUUCAGUAUCAACCAGCAGUCUGAAAACCAGCAGUGUGUGGGGAACACUGGUCUGAACCGCACCAGCACCUCCACACCCACAGCUCCCACUGAGCAUGACUACUACCAGGUGUAUCACACACCUGUCCUUGACUCCAGGUGCAAAGAGAGGAUGUUUUUGCCUCAGAGAUCCAGCUCCCUGGUGGCUCUUUCCAGUUUUCCUGGUGCAGGCAACACCUGGGUGCGGCACCUGAUCGAGCUUGUGACUGGCUACUACACUGGCAGCUUCUAUUUCGACGGCACACUGUACAACAGAGGUUUCAAAGGAGAGAAGGACUACUGGAAGAGUGGCCGCAGCAUCUGUAUUAAGACCCAUGAGAGUGGUCAGAAAGAGAUUGAGAUGUUUGAUUCUGCCAUCCUGCUGAUUCGAAACCCUUAUCGGUCUCUCAUGGCUGAAUUCAACCGCAAGUGCGCCGGACAUUUAGGACACGCCACAGAUGCACAGUGGAAAAGCAAAGAGUGGCCAGAAUUUGUCUCCAGCUACGCCCCCUGGUGGGCGUCCCACGCUCUAAGCUGGCUGAAGUUUGGACGCCGCCUGCUGGUGGUGCAUUACGAGGAGCUGCAACGUGCUCUUCUCCCACAGCUCCGUCUCAUCACAGCCUUUCUGAACAUCACAAUGACUGAAGAGAGGUUGCUUUGUGCCCAGAGCAACCAGGAUGGCCAUUUCAAACGCUCAGGGGCUCAGCGGCCCUCCUUUGACCCAUUUACCCAUGACAUGAGACAGAUGAUUGACUCCUUUAUCGGUACUGUUGACCAGGCGCUGCAGAGCAGGAACUUUAGCGGACUUCCACAAGAAUACCUCCCCAGAUGAUGAUGUGAAAAGGUCAUACAUGUAGUUCUUUAAAUGACUGGUUCAGCAGGGGUUUGCCAAAGAGAGGUUCUUCACCAAGUGCUCUGUGGGGAACACACACACGAACACAGGCUGAUGUAAGUGGACCACCUGACACUUUGAUAAGGCUGAUGUACUGUGAAUGGCUGUAGAGUCGCAAAAACACACUGGAGGUCACUGGAGAAAACAUGACAAUUCAUUGUGAAAUCCAGUGGGGAACACAGAAGUCUGUGAUGAAAGCUUCAGGGCCAGAACUACCUCUCUGAGAGCAGCAAAUGUGAUGAGUACUCAGAGAGGAUUUGACAUGAUUUGUUGGCCAACAGAGUUGGGAUUAUCUAGCAAAGUAGCCGACACACAAAUAUGGGUGUAAAUCAAAGAUGGACUCAUUUUGGUUAAAGAGGUUUUCUCUGUGGCUCUUUAAUAUUUCACUUUAGUACAUAUAUUGUGUUUUUAGUAUACACCCAUGUUAAUAACAGUUACCAGUCAUACUAACACAGGUGACAACCACAGAAGCAUUACGCAGAUUAUACCGAAUUUCUGUGUGAAUCCACUGGUUGCUACAGGUUUGCAAUCACGAUGGAUAAAAGCCUCAAAGCUGCUAGAUGUGGCUGUAUGGACUCUCCAUUCUACCAGUAUGACUGUAC